AUGGUGCUUGUGGUAUCGCCGUAUUCGUGUUUCCAGUUUUCGAGUCGGCCAAUUUCGACGUUCGAUGUGUUUGCGGGACUAAUCUACGUCACGUUCCUGGACGGGGGGCUUGCCACGUACCAAAUUCCCUCGGCCGUGGAAACAGGAAUGGAUCUGUUUGACGAGACAAAGCUGGUUCUGGAGGACCUGAACGCGGUGGGAAAAACACAAUUGUCCGGUAGGGCGCUCCAGUUGCAGUUUCUUCCCAAUUUGGGGUAUUUGGUGGUGCUGUUGGAAAACCAAACAGUGCAGUUACUCAACCUUACCGAUUACGAGCAAAUAGACAAGUUCGAGGAGGCGCGCUUUGGUCUCAUUAAAACUUGGUACGAGGACUCAAAGGACCUCCAUCUUGACCAAUUGAACGAGGAGGAUAACGAUUACAUUACUGCAGACGAUAUGGAUACCAUUUCUUUAGCAACCACUGCGCUGGAAACCACAAGAAGCAAAAAAUUCAUAAAUACGAAAACAGGCAACAGUUUCCUGUGUCUGGUGUCAAAACGGACACUGGCGAUAAUCAAGUGGCACAACAACCAGUAUGAGCGCAAAUACGAGUUCAAACUCAACGAUAAGAUCCAAUUGGUGGAGUUCCUCAACGCAGAUAAUCUGAUAGCUGCCAUGAAGAACGGCGACCUGUGUCGCAUCGAUCUUCCGCACCAGUCUGUCUCGCCAAUCCAGAUUCAAUUUCUGAACCAGCCGUCCGGGUUCAACAAGUCGUUCUUCUUUAGUUCCUCGGACUCGGUUGGAGAAUUGUUCAAGGCUAACAACGAUCAACAGCUCAUCAUAUUCAAAGACCAUAAUCUGAUCAAACUCAACAGCGACCUCGAACUGGUCGUCUACAGACACCAUGCUCACUCGAUUGAUUUCAAGAACCCCGUGGUAGUUCCAGGCCACAACGAGUCCGGGAAAAAACUGAAGUUCCUCAAGUACUGGUUCCCGUAUCUGGUUCUGGUGUACUCGAACUCGAUCGAGAUAUGGAAUCUCGAAAAUGGAUCCCUUGUGCAACAGCUCCCUUGCAAAACCUCGCUCCAAAGCAUUGUGGAUAUCAAGUUUUCGCCGCAAUUCCUGUUUCUGGUGGGUGCUACCACCGUCUUCAAAUUGGUGAAAUCGUCGUACGAGUUCCAGCUGUCUGAGUUUGAAAAGUCCAAGGACUACAACAACGCAUUAAAUCUCAUUGAAAAGCUGAAUCCACUUGUGUUCCAAGACGAUACUGACUCGCACUCUCCGCGCCAAAUCAAGUUCUUGAAACUCCGUCAAUUCGAGCUCCUGAAAGGUUUGGAGUACUUGAAGAACCACAAGUACGAUACAGCCAUCAAACUGUUUAUUGAUUUCCUUGCAUCUCCCGAAACAUUAUUGGACAAUCUUCCUCCCAAAGUGAAAAGUCUGCUGGCCGAUGACCCAACUCUCAAACACACAUCCAGCAGAGACUCGCUGCGAAGCUCCAAGGACGCUCAGGGACUGCCUCAAAAAGAGUCCAAGAUCAUCAGCCUGUGCAUAACGUAUCUAACGGACGCUCGCCGCAAGCUCAUCCGACUCCUGGAUCCAGACUCGCCGAAGUUCCAAUGGCACGGUUUCCUCAUCUCCAGCGAACUCUACGGAACACACGAUCUUCCGGUCCUUGAGAAAAAGCUCGAGCUGGUUGAUAACUGUCUGUUUCAGUGUUAUCUGCUCACCAACUCACGGAUGGUGGGUCCCCUGCUCCGGAUCUCAAACUACUGCUCGUUUGACAAAAUUGAAAAGAAGUGUCUCAAAUUGCAGAUGUACACAGAACUAGUCGAUUUCUACUACUGUCGCGCCCGUCACGACAAAGCAUUGGAGUUGCUCGAGAAGCUCUGUUUCGAAGAAAAGGUGUUCAAACCCGAGUUCAUGGUGAAGUACAUACAGAAACUUGGCAGGCCGCAACAAGAUCUCGUGUUCAGCUUCUCAAAGAAACUGAUCGACCUUAACCCAUUGCAUGUGGACGAGAUCUUCAUGGACGACUCGAUUGAAUGUGAGUCUCUUGACAAAGUGCAAGUGCUCGAGUUCUUGUCCAGAUGGCCUGUCUUGCAAGUGCGGUACCUUAGAUACCUUAUUUUCGACCUUGGCGAGACAAACGUCAGGUAUCCGAACAAAUUGAUCGAACUCUACUUGCAAGACCCGGAGAAGAACCAGGCACAUAUCCACCAACUCUACUCUCUGGGAAACUACACUCCUAACGGUGUUUUGAAACAGCUCAACUCGUUGCAACCAUCGCCUGCGGUUUUGGAUCUGAUGAUUUUACCGUUAGGCAAACUCAACAAGCAUAAUGAUGUUUUGGAUAUAUUGAUCAACAAACUCGAUAACACUGCCAAAGCAUUGCAAUAUUGUGUUGCUAUUCAUGAUAAUUCUCCAGACACAGGCAUUGAACUAACAAACACUCUUUUGGACAUGCUCCUUUCUCAAAAGAAAUUUGCAUCGGUUCUCGAAAUAUUGGACUCGGGAAUCACCUUUGUUGAUCCGACACAGGUUCUGGCCAAACUACCAGACACUCUGCUACUGAAAGAGCUGUCCAAGUAUCUGGAAACCAACAUGCGCUCAAUCACGUCACUUUUGCGCCAGGACAUUAUCACCAGCGAACUGCUCAAAGUCCAGUUGGUUAAUAUCAAAUACGAAAAGCUCGAAACAGACAGGGUCCAUGUUCGGCUGGACUCUGCGUCGAGAUGCGCUGUCUGCGGAAAGAACUUCUCAGCAGCGUCGAUUCUGAGCUUCUUCUCCAACGGCACAGUGGUCCACUACGGCUGCGCUAAGCAUAAAACUGGAUGA